GAGGCGGUGUCAGAGCCUGAAUGCUGAAGCAUGAGAAAGAUACUGAAUCUGCUUGGAGUAUAGGAUCAAUUGCAGCAGUUUGUAGUGUCUUGCAGACUGGGAUUUAUAACCUGAGCUGGCAAUCACCAAGUCAUCAAAUAUAACCUAUGGAGGGGGCCGGACAGCUCACAAACAAAGAGUGUCUUCCUGGAAGUGGUGACAGAGGGAUGCUAAACACAGGCAGACUGAACAAUAGUGGGGAGCCUGCAACAGCUGUCACAACAAAGUCAGGUGUCGCCAGAGCCCGCUGGAAACUACUAGGACAGGCUCUGAGACAAAAAUAUUUGGAUGAAGAGAAUCUGCAAAAAGUAUCUGUCAGAAGAUUUAAUUCUUUUCAUCUGUUCUCAAUGACUGAAGUAAAAGAUGAGAAAACAGACUUUGACUGUCAGCAGUGGAUUCGGUGCUCAAGCGUCUUUUAUCCAGAAUACAACCUUAUUUUAAGGCAAAAUCCUGGAACCUUAGUUGUUGCUGAUGUUUUGUCAAGCUUUGACAACACUGGGAAUGUGUGCAGAUCUGUUCUGCUACUGAUAGCUGUGGCUACAAUAUCCUCCUGCUCCAGUUCUGUAGAUAGUGGCAGCAAGCACAACCAGCAGAGGUUUUAG